AUUUGGAAACGUGAACAAAGUACAGCAAUCGACGAAGAUCCCACGAUACUAGUACGGCACUGGCAAUUCAAGGAACGUGCCUUGAAUCAAAUGGAGAUGAGAUUCUUUGUUAGCUAUCAAUCCAAUGACUCUAGAAAACUCAGCACGCCUGGAUCGGCCUACUAUCGCUCCCAAGGGAGUGCUCGAUGACAUUGAAAAGAAGGAAUACUCCCCAUAUUCGCGUCGCAUCAACUUCAAGGUUCUCAUUAUAUCUCCUUUUCUACUGUAUAUGAUAUCUUUGAACUCCAAAUGCGCUAAACACUACCCAGAAAGUGAUGUGACCACAUCAUCUCUGAAUCUACCACGGGAAUUUCAGCAAGCGUGGGGUUCCUAUUCUCCUUACUUUCCUAUCCUGCGAUAUUCGCCUCCUCCACAUGAGUGCGUCGUAACGCAAGUCAACCUGCUUCAAAGACACGGUGCACGAUAUCCAACAAAGAGUAGAGCGAGGGAAAUGAAGUCUGCCUUAGAGAAACUCUCACAAGUUGAGAAAUAUAAUGAUGAGAAUUUUCAAUUUCUGCGACAAUACGAAUGGACUCUGGGAGUCGAUAAUCUUGUCCCAUUUGGUGCUGCUCAGUCUUUCGAUGCAGGUCAAGAACAUUACAGACGCUAUGCUCAUCUGCUCGCGAGAGAUCGGCUGCCCUUCGUACGAGCAUCGAGCUCUGACCGUGUGGUUGUUUCUGCGUUGAAUUGGACUGCAGGCUUUACCUUCGCCAGUCAUCACACCUACUCACCCACACUAUCGGUCAUUUUAUCCGAGUCAUCGAACAAUACCCUCGACGAUAAAAUGUGUCCCAGUGCUCAGCAUCAGUCGGCACAGACUGAUGAAUGGCAAUCGGCUUUUACACCUUCCAUCGUAAAUCGUCUGAAUAAUGCAGCCCCUGGAGCCAAUAUCACUAGAGGUGAUAUCAUAGCACUGAUGUCUCUUUGUGCAUUUGAAAGUGUAGCUUCCAAUAAAGAUAGCCUGGUCUGUAGCCUUUUUUCUCAGAAUGACCUAGACGCGUUCGAAUAUAACACCGAUAUUUCCAAAUACUACUUCACUGGAUAUGGUCAUCCUCUUGGACGUGUGCAAGGCGUAGGAUACGUCAACGAACUUAUUGCCCGCCUGACUCGGCGGCCUGUGGAGGACCACACGCAAACGAAUUCGACUCUUGAUUCAUCACCAGUGACAUUCCCCCUUGACCGAACAUUUUAUGCCGACUUCUCUCACGAUAACGAAAUGCUUGCUAUCUAUAGCGCGCUCGGGUUGUUUCGUCAGACUCAUCCACUUGACCCGUUGAAACCCGACGCAACCAGAACGUGGAUUACUUUCAAGCUGGUUCCAUUUUCCGCGCGUAUGAUAGUUGAGAAAUUGACAUGUCAAUCCAUGGGGACGAAGACGGACUACGUGAGGAUACUCGUCAAUGACGCCAUACAACCUAUGAUGUUCUGCGGUGCUGGCGAUGAAGGAAUGUGUAAGCUCGACGCGUUUGUCGAGAGUCAAGGAUAUGCCAGAAGUGACGGAGGUGGCGACUGGGGAAAAUGUUAUAGUUGAGGCAAGUUGUUUCUGUGCCCAACCAGUAUCCAGUAUCUGAAACAACUGUAUAUCACGACUGAAACUGAUAAGUUACUAA